AUGACCACCUUUUUUGACAAUGCCCAUUAUUACUCAAAUGGACCAAAGGUUGAAGAUAACCCUUAUCAAUUGGAUAAAACGGAUUUCAAUGACUUUUUUAUCGACAAUCAUGCAUCGGGACCAGUGUCUUCCUUCUGCAGAGACAAUGGUACUUGGGAGUACAUCACAUCACAAUUGCGUGAACAAAUCUUCAACUCAACAAGCAUAGCAUACUCUCCCCCUGAGACAUAUCUGGCCAAAAAAGCUAAAAGAGAUCAUCCCAGCUCACAUGUCACUGCCAUGUUGUCCAUGAUUAGUAAAAACACCACAUCAAAUCCUUUUACUGCGGAUCCGCUGGAAUUUAGAAGAUAUCGAUCUGAAAACUUACUUGUACGCAUGAUUCAUUGUAAAAGCAUAGGUCUGGAUAUGAGCCAAAUAUCUCUCAUGAGAUUAUCAAAAGGAGUCUUUGUACAUCAAAUAUGGCAAUCUUGCUCUCCACAGUCUUCUCCUACCAUGUCUGCCAUUGAAGAUUCCUUGUCAAAUAGAUUUAUUGACGCUUCAGCUGAAGCACCGAUCGAUACGUUUCGAUUUGACAACGUAUUUAAUAUGGUCAACCAUUUAACGACAUCCUCCUACGAUAUGUUUAUCCCAUACAGCUACACAUUUGGCGCGAGAUUUACCAACCCUUAUGGCCACGCACAUGAUUUAGUCAUUCGUGGUAAAAUACCCUUAUGGUGUCAAACACUCUUCUUAUCCGUCUGUAUGAAACAAUCUGCGCCAAUACAACCCAACGUACCAACACUCGGUCUAUUCCCAUUUGCUCCGCAAAUCCCCGUCACUUUCAAACCCUUUAUUGAAACAUACGGUAUCUCCCCUGAUUUGACCGUUCUCUAUGAAAGAUGUACGAUGGAACACGCUGACCCAUUCACCAUGUCUGAUACAGAGGCUGAAUGGCCUGAAAAGAGACAAGAAAUUUUGCAAGACAUUCUUGUAUGUGAUCUCGAAGACGGCUUAGCAAAAAUUCUUAGUGACAUGGCUGUCGUUUGGGCUACCAGUCAAGGCCUUAUGAUUUAA